AUGAGCGGCGGGGGCGUGGCGCAGAGCUCGCGGCCUGGCACGGACGGCGGACGCGGCGCAGUUUUGCAGCCCUGUGGAGCGGCCCUGGGCCCAUCCCAGCCUGGCACCAUGAACGUCUUCGACCGCAGCAUCAACUUCGAUGCCCUCUUCAAGUUCUCCCACAUCUCGGCCUCCACCCAGGAGCACCUGAAGAGGGUCUAUGGCAGCUUUGCCAUCUGCAUGUUCGUGGCAGCUGCGGGCGCCUACAUCAACGUGGUGACCCAUCUGUUCCAGUUUGGCUUCCUGACUGGCCUGGGGGCACUGGGGCUGAUGAUUUGGCUCAUAGCCACCCCUCACAACCGUGAGACGGAGCAGAAGAGGCUGGGGAUGCUGGUUGGCUUCGCCUUCCUCACAGGCAUCAAUCUGGGACCCCUCCUGCAAAUGUGCAUCUCUGUCAACCCCAGCAUCAUCCCCACUGCCUUCCUGGGCACUGCCACCAUCUUUGCCUGCUUCUCUCUGAGCGCCCUGUACGCCCGGCGCCGCAGCUACCUGUACCUGGGAGGUUUCCUGCUCUCCGGCCUCACCCUGCUGCUUCUCUCCUCUGUGAUUAACGCCUUUGUGAGAUCCACCUGGCUCUUCACGGCCCACCUGUACGUGGCCCUGAUGAUCAUGUGUGGCUUCGUGCUCUUCGACACGCAGCUCAUCAUCGAGAAGGCGGAGAGCGGGGACAAGGAUUACAUCUGGCACUGCGUUGAUCUCUUCCUGGAUUUUGUCAACAUCUUCCGGGAGCUCCUGAUCAUCCUGGGCAUGAACGAGAACAAGAAGAAGGAGAAGAAGUGAAGAGGCUCUGGGCCGAGGCAGAGCCACCCCUGUGUCCCCAUGUCCCCUCCUGUCCCUCUCUGUCAUUAAAGGGGCUGCGCUUUGCUGCCGAGGAAGCAGCCAGAAGCUUUUGCACCCUCGUGGGUUUUUUUUUUUCUCUCUUGUUCAGCUUUUUUUUUUUUUUUUUUUUUUUGAUUAAAAACCAGCCAAUUUGUGGAUCCUGCUGGAGUUUGGCUCCCCCUUGGUUUUCCCCCAGCCUUUUGUGACCCUUGGAGUGGUCACCAUUGUGUCCUUUUUCCUCCGAGGUUUUGUCCCCAGCCCCACCUGGGGGUGUCACCUUUCCCCGGUGACAAAACCAGCCCUUGGGGGAGGGUCUUUGGUGGGACCCCCCCCCCAUCCUCAGCCAAACUCAUUGGUGGAGCCUCCCCUUGAGCACCAGUGCCAAGAAAUGAAGGUGUGCUGGGAGGGGGCCGUGGGGACGGGGCAUUGCCAGCGCUGCCAGUCCCGCCACCUCCGCUCUUUGUACACCGGGAUGAUUCAAUAAAUCGCUCAGACUCCAAA